AUGGUAGGCGACUCUCAGAUCGGCAAAACAUCACUCAUGGUCCGUUACGUCGAAGGUUCCUUCAACGAGGACUAUAUCCAGACGCUUGGAGUCAACUUCAUGGAAAAGACCAUCUCGAUCCGCAACACCGAGAUCACCUUUAGCAUCUGGGAUCUCGGAGGACAACGCGAAUUCGUCAACAUGCUCCCUCUCGUAUGCAACGAUGCCGUAGCCAUCCUGUUCAUGUUCGACCUCACACGUAAAUCCACGCUCAACUCGAUCAAGGAGUGGUAUCGACAAGCAAGGGGUUUCAACAAGACCGCCAUCCCCUUUCUCGUUGGCACCAAAUACGAUCACUAUGCCACACUACCGAGAGAGGAACAGGAUGAGAUCACAAAGCAAGCCAGAAGAUUCAGCAAGGCCAUGAAGGCUCCGUUGAUCUUUUGCUCCACAAGUCACGCCAUCAACGUACAGAAGAUUUUCAAGGUAUUGUUGGCGAAAGCCUUCGAUUUGAAGUGCACCAUUCCUGAGAUCAAGGGUUCGGGAGAACCGUUGUUGAUCUAUGUAAGUGGUCGAUGA